UUCAACUAAAUUAAAACAAACAUAUAUAUUAGAACAAUUUGAUAUAUUUAUAGCACUGUUUUACAAUUCUAUGAAAUGCCAAAUGGGAAAAUGGGACCAUCAAGAAGUAAUGAAUGGACUUGCUGUUUUGGAAUUCAUGUUCGAACUGCAACUGUUAUGAUUGGAAUGUGGCACUUGUUUUUAAACGUGUUGACAUUAGGAAUAUUAGCUGCAAUAAUCCGAAAUCCAUAUAUGAUGAAGGAAUUUGAAAAUGGUCAUGAUGAUUAUGACGUUCGAUUGGAGACGCUUCCAACUCCAUUACUUUAUCGCGAUUAUUCGCUUAAUUAUCAGAAAGUUGAUUUGGGCUGCAUUUGUAUGAUCGCUAUUUCAUUGAUGUUAAUUUACGGUUCUAUUAAAUAUAAGCCAUCUCAUUUACUGCCCUUCUUCUGUCUUCAACUAUUUGAUUUUGCAAUAACAACUUUGACUGCUGCUGGUUAUUUGUGUUACUUAAGAUCUAUUCAUCGACGAGAGCCAUCAGUUUUAAACUUUAAAGUAUUACCGGACUAUGAAGAAACACUCUCACAAAGUAUGAAAAAACAACCACCGCCAAGCUAUUAUAAAAUUGCAAUAAUGCCAAAUCAAUUGGUUCCCAAUUUGAAUACGAAUGAAAACCAGUCAAUGCAUCUUAUGAAGAAAAUGAAAAUCGUGCAUCUAUUACAUCGCAAAUUUCUUUGGCCACAACUGGUACAAAACCUAAUCCUACAUGGCGCUACGAAAGACCGUAAAAUCAACAUUAGAGAGACAAAAAACGCUUUUUUACCGCUUUUACUACAUUUCAACGUUGAAAAAUGUAACGUUUUGGUGGUCAUUUUCAUUUUAAAUAGAAAGUUUAUGAGUAGAUUCCACACUCCACCACAUAAUAUGAAUCUUUUGAGACUUUUAAUUUUGUAUUUCAAUUCAAAUGAUUCAUUUGCCGCAGAAAAAAUAAUAAACUAUGUGUUUAGAAAUAGAUUUUUCUGAUUUUAGUUUCAGCAGCUAACAUUCCAAGGAAUAAUUUGUAAUGCAAAUAAAAUGUCUUACAUCCGUAAGAUGAACUUUUCCGCACUGUGA